AUGAAUUUUUUGACUUUAAGUUUUAAAAUACACAAGUUUGAAAAAAAUGAGAAAAUGAAAUUGAGGAUACCAAAAAUGGGUAAAACUUUAAAAAAAGGUUAUAAAAAAGAAAACAAACAAAAUAAUCGAAAAAAAAGGAGUAAAAGCAAUAAGAAUCACAUUAUCCCAAAUGAUGAUAAUGGUAGUUUAAAAGAAUCAAUUCCUAUAAAUGAUAAAAGAUCAUUUAAAAUCAAUAGUGUGGAUAUAAAUAAUAGUUAUUAUAUCAGUUGUGACAAUCUCCAAUUAAACGAAUUAACCGAUAAUAUAAAAUUGGGUUAUAAUACCAUUGUAAUGGGAUCUUUUAAGAGUGGGAAAACAUUCCACAUGAAAUCAUUGGCAAUGGAAAAAGGAAUUUUUUAA